AUUAUUCAGAAGCUAAUAUAGCUAGAAGUUUUUCAGUAAAAGAUGUUGUUGUAGCUGAAUUCUAUAUAAAUAAUGAAUUAUCAAGCGAAAAAAAAAAUUUACAAAAUCAUUGGAUGAUUAUAGAUAAAGAUCAAAUGGAAAAAGAGAAGAAGAAUUCAAAAGGAUCAAAUAAGAG